GAGGCACGGUCACACUGGCAGCGAGACGGAGAGGAGUUCGUGUGUCAUCCGCGUUGCGAUAAUUAUUUUCUUAAUUCAAACGAAACUCUUUCGAAGUGGGCGUGAUCUGGUGGAGACGUGGUGCCCCUCAAUAAAUUAUAACAAUUUACAACCGAUUAAGAAAAACAAAAGCAGCGGAAAGUGCAGAAGGAACUCUCCAUAUUGCGGACGCGUUGCCAUAAAUUAUCAGCUUUUCACGGUGGUUUUUCCAGCGGAAAAGUGCAUUUUGACCAAGCGUUUCUCGGAAAUCUAAAAUAAAUGUGUUUAUAAAUCCGUUCCGCGGAAGUCUUAAUCACAAGCCUCCAAGAUGAGGCCGCCCAGCAGUAAUACGAAAACGGCAUUUUCUUCGCUGCAGUUUGGUCUCCUAUGCCUCCUAUUGCUGGCCAAUAAUGGCAUUAAAUCAGUGCAAGCAGACGCCUUUACGGACUAUUUCUCCGACUAUGAGUGCAACCAGCCCCUUCUGGAAAGAGCCGUCCUCACGGCAACAUCAUCGUUGACAGAAAGAGGACCCGAUAAAGCACGAUUAAACGCUGGCACCUCGUGGUCCGCGAAAAACUCAGACUUCGACCAGCGUCUGAUUAUUGACCUGGGCGUGGUGCGGAACGUGACGCACAUCGCCCUGCAAGGACGACCCCACAGCAAUGAGUACGUCACCGAGUACACCAUUAGCUAUGGCAUAACCGAUCUAGAGUUUGCCGACUAUAAAGAGCCGGGCGGCAAUGUCAAGAUGUUCAAGGGCAACUCCGAUGGCAACUCCAUCCACUACAACGUCUUCGAGGUGCCCAUCAUCGCCCAGUGGGUGAGGAUUAAUCCCACCAGGUGGCACGAUCGGAUUUCCAUGCGUGUGGAGCUCUACGGUUGCGAUUACAUCUCUGAGAACCUUUACUUCAAUGGCACUGGCUUGGUGCGCUACGAUCUGAGGCGGGAGCCCAUUUCCUCCCUAAAGGAGUCCAUUCGAUUCCGCUUCAAGACGGCCUUUGCCAACGGAGUUAUGAUGUAUUCGCGUGGCACUCAGGGCGAUUACUAUGCCCUGCAGCUGAAGGACAACAAGAUGAUUCUAAAUCUGGAUCUGGGAUCGAAGGUGAUGACCUCCUUGUCGGUGGGCAGUCUGCUGGAUGAUAAUGUGUGGCACGAUGUGGUGAUCUCAAGGAACCAGCGGGACAUUAUCUUUUCGGUGGAUCGUGUUAUUGUACGGGGACGCAUCCAGGGCGAAUUCAGUAGGCUGAAUCUUAAUCGGGAGCUGUACCUUGGCGGUGUGCCCAAUGUCCAGGAGGGCUUGAUUGUCCAACAGAAUUUCUCUGGCUGCUUAGAGAAUAUCUACUUCAAUUCCACCAACUUUAUUCGAGUCAUGAAGGACAGCACCGAGCUGGGAGAGGGUUAUCUGUUCACCAAGGUGAACACCAUCUACGCCUGUCCUUCGCCUCCAAUUUAUCCGGUUACCUUCACUACCCGCUCGUCGUAUGUCCGUUUGGCUGGCUAUGAGAACUCUCAGCGCCUGAACGUGUCCUUCUAUUUCCGUACUUACGAGGAAACUGGAGUAAUGCUGCACCAUGACUUCUACUCUGGUGGUUACAUAAAGGUCUUCCUGGAGUUUGGAAAAGUUAAGAUUGAUUUAAAGCCCAAGGGAACGGCGCGCAUCAUUUUGGACAACUACGAUGAGCAGUUCAAUGAUGGCAAAUGGCACUCGUUCGUCAUCUCCAUCGAUAAGAACCGUUUGGUACUGAACAUUGACCAGCGACCGAUGACCACAACAAAGAGUCUGCAGAUUGCAACUGGAGCACAGUACUACAUAGCUGGUGGAAAGGAUAAAAAUGGAUUCGUCGGCUGCAUGCGGUUGAUUUCGGUGGACGGAAACUACAAGUUACCCCAGGAUUGGGUCAAGGGACAGGAGGUUUGCUGCGGAGAUGAUGUUGUCGUGGAUGCCUGCCAGAUGAUUGAUCGCUGCAAUCCGAAUCCGUGCCAGCACAAGGGUCUUUGUCACCAGAACUCCAGGGAGUUCUUCUGCGACUGCGCGCACACUGGCUAUGCAGGAGCCGUUUGUCACACUUCGAACAAUCCAUUAUCCUGUCUGGCUCUCAAGAAUGUCCAGCAUGUGCAGCAGCGUGUUAACCUGAACCUCGAUGUGGAUGGCAGUGGUCCUUUGGAGCCUUUCCCAGUGACCUGCGAGUUUUACUCGGAUGGACGUGUGAUUACCACCCUCAGUCACAGCCAAGAGCACACCACAACUGUGGAUGGUUUCCAGGAGCCGGGCUCCUUUGAACAGUCUAUCAUGUACGAUGCCAAUCAACUGCAAAUCGAAGCUCUGCUGAAUCGCUCUCAUAGCUGCUGGCAGCGCCUGAGCUACUCCUGCCGCUCCUCCCGUCUCUUCAAUUCACCAUCUGAGGCAGGAAACUUCCGUCCGUUCUCUUGGUGGAUCUCACGCCACAACCAACCCAUGGACUAUUGGGCCGGAGCUCUGCCAGGAUCUCGUAAAUGCGAGUGUGGAAUUCUGGGCAAGUGCCACGAUCCCACAAAGUGGUGCAAUUGCGACUCGAACAGUCUGGAAUGGAAGGAGGAUGGUGGUGAUAUCAGAGAGAAGGAGUACCUUCCUGUGCGAGCUGUGAAGUUUGGUGAUACUGGAACUCCAUUGGAUGAGAAAAUGGGUCGCUAUACUCUAGGACCGCUGCGCUGCGAGGGCGACGAUCUGUUCAGUAAUGUGGUGACCUUCCGUAUUGCCGAUGCCUCUAUAAACCUGCCACCCUUCGAUAUGGGUCACUCUGGAGAUAUUUAUCUGGAAUUCCGUACCACACAAGAGAACUCUGUGCUCUUCCAUGCAACUGGACCCACGGAUUACAUCAAGCUAAGUCUGAAUGGCGGCAACAAGCUGCAAUUCCAGUAUCAAGCCGGUAGCGGUCCACUGGGUGUUAAUGUGGGCACCAGCUAUCACCUGAACGACAACAAUUGGCACACGGUGAGUGUGGAGCGCAACAGGAAGGAGGCUCGCCUGGUGGUGGAUGGAUCCAUCAAGGCUGAGGUUCGUGAGCCGCCAGGUCCAGUGCGUGCCCUCCACUUAACCUCGGAUCUGGUGAUUGGCGCCACUACCGAGUACCGCGAUGGUUAUGUAGGAUGCAUUCGUGCCCUGUUGCUAAACGGAAAGAUGGUUGACCUUAAGGAUUACUCGAAGCGUGGAAUAUACGGCAUCAGCACCGGGUGCGUGGGUCGCUGCGAGUCGAGUCCUUGCCUGAAUAAUGGCACUUGUAUCGAGCGAUACGAUGGCUAUAGCUGCGAUUGCCGUUGGAGCGCAUUCAAAGGACCCAUCUGCGCAGAUGAGAUUGGUGUCAACUUACGCUCCAGCUCGAUUAUUCGCUACGAGUUCGAGGGCUCCUUCCGCUCCACAAUUGCCGAGAAUAUUCGCGUGGGCUUUACAACAACCAUUCCCAAGGGUUUCCUGCUUGGCUUCUCUUCCAAUUUAACUGGCGAAUAUCUGACCAUACAAGUGUCGAAUUCUGGCCAUUUGCGAUGCGUAUUUGACUUUGGCUUCGAGCGACAGGAAAUCAUAUUCCCCAAAAAACAUUUUGGCCUGGGUCAGUACCACGACAUGCACUUUAUGCGCAAAAAUGGAGGAUCCACAGUGGUUCUAAAGGUUGACAACUAUGAGCCAGUGGAGUAUAAUUUCGAUAUCAAGGCUUCGGCGGAUGCUCAGUUUAACAACAUCCAGUACAUGUACAUUGGCAAAAAUGAGUCAAUGACAGACGGUUUCGUGGGUUGUGUGUCGCGAGUUCAGUUCGAUGAUAUCUAUCCUCUAAAGCUGAUGUUCCAGCAGAAUCCACCCAAGAAUGUCAAGUCUUUGGGCACCCAAUUGACAGAAGACUUCUGCGGAGUCGAGCCAGUGACGCAUCCGCCUAUUGAAAUUGAGACCAGGCCACCACCUCUAGUGGAUGAGGAGAAGUUGCGCAAGGCGUAUAACGAAGUGGACUCUGUGCUGCUGGCAUGUCUGCUAGUAAUUCUCUUCCUGCUGCUGAUUCUUAUGUUCUUCCUUAUCGGUCGCUAUCUGCACCGACACAAAGGCGACUAUUUGACGCACGAGGAUCAAGGUGCCGAUGGCGCCGACGAUCCUGAUGACGCUGUCCUGCACUCAACUACUGGCCAUCAAGUUAGGAAGCGAACAGAGAUCUUCAUCUAAACCUGUCGCAAAAUAUGCACACAAAUCGUUUUUAAAUCGCCUUAGACACGCAACAGCGACGAAUCAGACUCACCAAAAACAAAAAAAAA